UUUAUCCUCACUGUAUUUGCCCUCUACAUUGUGGAUUACAGGAUAGUAGACACCAGUCUUAUGUGUUGUCAUCUGACAAAAGAAGACGCCCAAUGCACUGCUCUAUACGACGACAGCUUCGCCAGUUGCGAGAGCAUGUUCCGCGACUCAGCUCCACGUAAAAGUAUUUGGGCAAUCGGAAUCCUCUCUUUGCUUGGUGCUGUGUUCGUAAUUGUGUGGCGUCUAAUCUUUAAAGAGAGAAACGUAGUCCAGCUUAUCAUGUUAAUGCACUUAGCGGUUGGGGAUUGCUUGAUGGGCAUUUACUUGGUCACCUUAGGUGCCAAAGACCUGUUAUGGUCGGGAAGUUACUAUCUGCAUGACUUCCAGUGGCGAUCCGGUUUGUCGUGUCAGGUUAUAGGUGCGAUCUCAGUGCUGUCCAGUGAGGUGUCUGUAAUGAUACUGGCGCUCAUUUCCGCUGACAGGCUGAAGAACAUCGUUUUCCCAUACCAUGGCAGAGGGCUGACUCGCAGGAAGGCACACAUUCUGUGCGCGAUUAUUUGGGUCCUUGGUUUUGUCAUCGCAUUCCUUCCCCUCACUGGCAUUGGCUUUUUUUAUGACGCCCUAGAGCGCCCUGCCUACUACGGACGUUCCGUAGUGUGCCUCCCACUGCAACUGUCCAACAGGUUUCCAGCUGGUUGGGAGUUCUCCAUCGCUAUCUUUGUCGGGUUAAACUUCCUCCUCUUCCUGUUCAUGACGGUGGCCUAUGUCGCAAUUUUCCUUAAAAGUUAUCGCUCCAGCCGUCAGCUUGCAAGGGUGGGAACCCGAGGAGAGGUGCAGACAAGAAAGAAGAACGCAAGUUCCAGAAGGGAGAGAGCAUUGGCCAAAAGAGUCUUCCUUAUCAUCCUCACAGAUUGUGCUUGUUGGAUGCCGAUAAUAGUCAUGGGCAUCAGGUCUUUUGUUGAAAAAGAUUACAGUCCCCGAGGAGAUCUUCCUGCCUGGAUCGCCGUGUUUGUGCUGCCAAUUAACUCAGCCUUGAAUCCAAUUAUCUACACCCUAUCAACCCCUCAGGUGCAGGGCAUAUUGCGACCUAAACUGCGAGUUUUGAUUAACCAUGUGCGCAGCUUUUUCUCUUGCUGUAAAAAACAACAAGAUCAUCAAG